GUGACAGCUUCUUCUCGCCUGGCUCGUGCCAUGUCGGAGAGCUACAGGGAAGCUUCUGCAAGCCUUUUGCAGGUCAAGGUCGUUGGCCUAGAUGGUGCAGGACUGGAGGUCGCCGUGCCAGAAGACCUUACCGGCAGUGAGCUGCAAGAGAUCAUCCGUGCUCGAGUCGCCUCCAAAGCGGGUGCCCGAGUCGUUCUGCAGCAUGGAUCUGAACUGCUCUCCUUGAAGAAGCCCCUGAAGGAAUCCUUUGGAGAUGACAGAGCACAUCCUCAAGUGACCUAUCUUUACUUGCCAGGUGGCUUGCAAGAGGCUUGGAGAUUCCUGAAAGGCCUGCCAGUCGAUCAUCCACCGGGUGCUUUAGAAGGAGUGACUCAACUCGAAUGGAUUCACGACGUGAAUCAGCUAAGGCACCUUCCAGAGAGCCUUCGGAGUCUCACACUUGGUGAUGGAUUCGGGCACAGCUUGAACGGGGUGACGUGGCCCCAUAGUCUUGAGAAAUUAAAGUUUGGAAUGCAAUUCAACCAGAGCUUGGAAGAUGUGACUUGGCCCAACAGCAUCCAGAGUUUGGUCUUUGGCCAACAGUUCAAUCAGAGUUUGAAAGGUGUCACUUUCCCCAGCAGCCUUGAGAAUCUGACUUUUGGUGAACGUUUUGACCAGAGUUUCGAAGGCGUUACACUACCGGACGGCCUGCAGCAUCUGACGUUUGGUCGCAGAUUCAAGGGAUUGAAUGGUGUGAGUUGGCCGAGUAACCUUCAGAGCCUGACAUUGGGCGAUCUAUUCAAUCAGAGUUUGGACUGUGUGAUUUGGCCAGACAGUCUCCAGAGUUUGACAUUUGGUUUUCACUUCAAUCAGAGUUUGGAAGGUAUGACUUGGCCACGCAGUCUUCGAACCUUGACAUUUGGCAGUUGCUUCAAUCAGAGGUUGCAAGGAGCGAGUUUACCCAACAGCCUGCAGCAUAUUCUCUUGGGCGACAAAUUCAACCAGGGUUUGGAAGGGUUGAUUUGGCCCAAGAACCUGCAAAAUCUGACAUUUGGUUCCAAGUUCAACAGAAGCUUGAACACUGUCGAGUGGCCCCACACCCUCUGCAAGCUGACCUUUGGCAGUAGCUUCAACAAGAGCUUGGCUGAUGUGAAUUGGCCAGACAGUCUCCAAGAUUUGACAUUUGGUUUUUGCUUCAACCAGAGUUUGCAAGGUGUCAUUCUACCCAAUGGCCUUGAGAAGUUGAGCUUUGGUGAUAGGUUUGACCAAUUGCAAAGUGUGACUUGGCCUGCCAGCCUCCGCACUUUGAGAAUCGGCGGUGAUUUGCAUCAAGUAACCCAGCCUGCUGCACGGGACAAUCAAUUUCAGGAGAGCUUGAGAGCUGUGACUUGGCCAAGCAACCUCCAGACGUUGAAUUUUGGUGAGCAAUUCAAUCAGAGUUUAGCUGGUGUGACUUGGCCGGACAGCCUCCAGAAUUUGAAUUUUGGUGAGCAAUUCAAUCAGAGCUUGGCUGGUGUGAUUUGGCCAGGCAGCCUCCAGACUUUGAUUUUUGGUCAGCAAUUCGAUCAGAGUUUGGCUGGUGUGGUUUGGCCGGGCAGCCUCCACACUUUGACAUUUGGCAUGCGAUUCAAUCAGAGUUUGGCUGGUGUGGUCUGGCCAGGCAGCCUGCAGAAUCUGGCCUUUGCGGCUUGUUUCAAUCAGAGUUUGGAAAGUGUGACAUGGCCAUCCCAUCUCCGCAGCCUUACUUUUGGCACGUGGUUCAACCAGAGGCUGCAGGGUGUGGAUUGGCCCUGCAGCCUCCAGACUCUCUCUUUUGGCGAGAAUUUCAACCAAAGUUUGGAAGGUGUGAUUUUGCCAGACAGUCUUGAGACUUUGGUCUUUGGCCUACAAUUCAAUCAGAGUUUGGAAGGUGUAACUUGGCCUGAGAGCCUUGAGAAUUUGACCUUCGGCUAUUUCUUCCAGCAGCGGCUGGAUUGUGUGUCUUGGCCCAGCAAGCUCCAGAAUCUACAAUUUGCCAGAGUCCACGCAGGCGCGCCUUUUCCCCAGAGCCUCAAAAGCUUGCGCGUCGGACGUUUGAAGUUGAGUUUGCUUUGAAGCCGUCGAAAAAGCUGCGCAAAAACAUGAGCUGCUUUGGCUUUCAGUGCUGUGGAAAUCGUUGGAGCUUUUUGGGACGACUCACUUAACGCACAGCAACAUGACGAGUUCAUGCCACUAGAGGGGCUAGACAUGGAAGUGUGCCCAACAACAUCCAACGAGCCCAGCGAUUCGAAGUGAGGUGAGGUGAUGAGGUUCAACUUGGCCUGCAAGAGCUUGAUUUGUUUUUGGAAGGUUGAGACUGCUUACAUCCGGCAUCCCAAUUCGAUUUCAGUUUCAUGGUCUCAUGUGGACGUUCUUCUCAUGGGAAAACACCUUGGUUGCAAGUUGCAAGUAUAGAGCUGUCGUUUUUACAGAUGCACUUUCAAGGACCAAAGUAAGCAAAUGUCAGAGAUAAACUAACUUUUGUCUAUUUCAUCCGCUCUCAUGUUCCAUACGCGAGGUCGCCGUCGUUUGCGCUGGCCUUUAUUACUGGCACAAGGACGUCCCGGCGCAGCUGAGCGCUCCGGUCCCGAUCCG